AUGAAAAUCUUCGAACGGAUUCUUGACAAAAGAAUAAGGAAUAUCGCCAAAGUGACAUCAAACCAAUGCGGAUUAGUACGAGGCUGUGGAACAACAGAUGCAAUCCACGCAGCCAGGAUACUCUUCGAAAAACAUCGAGAGAAAAACGUCUGCCUGCACGCUGCUUUCAUAGACCUCGAAAAAGCGUUCGACCGCGUCCCCCACGAACUUAUAUGGUACGCACUCCGGCAACACGACGUCCCUGAGGCCCUGAUAAACCUUGUCAAACUGCUGUAUAAAGACACUAAAAGCAAGGUAGUAACCGCAGCUGGCACAACCGAAGACUUCUCGAUCAAAGUAGGAGUGCACCAAGGCAGCGCCCUAUCGCCACUUCUCUUCAUCCUCGUCAUGGACACUUUAACAAAUGACCUGCAGACACCUACCCCGUGGACCCUUCUUUACGCAGAUGACGUCAUGAUUGCUGCCACCACGAAACAAGAGCUCCAAAAUCGGCUGGAACAAUGGAACGCAAGACUGACGCAGUUUGGACUUCGGAUCAACCUCAAGAAGACAGAAUACCUGAGCACGGACAAAACCGAAAACGGCACCAUUCGAGUGGACAACGUCGACCUACCCAGAACUAACUCCUUCAAAUAUCUUGGCUCGUCGAUUGCGGAUGAUGGUUCAAUAAACAAAGACAUCGCAGCGCGCAUAAACUGCGCAUGGCACAAAUGGAAAACCACCACAGCCGUACUGUGCGACCCAAAGAUAGGUGACCGACUGAAAUCGAAAUCUACCGAUGUGUGA